CGCCUCUGUCGGAAGUCUAAAAAAAGGCGGCUUCUAGACAACCCUCACAAAUCAAAGAAAUCUGCUCCAACUUCAUUAGCCUAUCUAUCUAAUCGAGGAGCCUUUUCGUGUGACGACAACAACCAUGGUGAACCCCAAAGCUCUCAACUCUCGUGAUCUGAACUACAACGACCGUGACAGAGCUCCGGAAGCUGAUCAAGUGAUUCCGAAAAAGAUUCGUAAGUUUGCACCUCCUCCGGUCAACAAUGACGAGUAUCAGAAUCGUUCUCCCGAAAUUGCCCCUAAGGUAAACACCAAAGAUCAGUACAAUGAUAAUGACGAUGACACCUUCCAGCAAGGAAAUAACACUAACGGCUACCGCAGUCAGCAAAACUGGAAGCGUGGAUAUCAACCUUCUAAUCAGGGCGGCAACCCUGGUACCGGAAGGUUCCAACGAGGAGCAUCCUCCGGCCGUGGUUUAGGCAACCAGGAUACCUAUCAGGAAGAUGAUGACGAUGACAGCUACCAGAAUGGGAACAACAACAGCAACGGUAACUACAACAACAGACCCAACUCGAAGCGUGGAUACCAGCGAGGUGGUCCACCAAGCACAAACAACAGGUUCCAACGCGGACCUUCCUGUGGCCGUGAAUUGAGCAACCAAGACAGCUUCCAGGACGAUGACGAGGACAGCUAUCAGAGCGGCGGCAACAAUAACGACGGAAACUUCAAUAACCAGUCUAACUACAAGCGUGGGUAUCAAGCUUCUUAUCAAGGUGGCGGUCCACCAAGCAAUAGCAGGUUUCAGCGUGGUCAAUCCAGUGGCCGUGACUUGAGCAACCAAGAUAACUGCAACGAAGAUGAUAACGAGAACGGCAGCAACCAGAACGUCAAUGAAGUCCGCGGUAAGCAAAACUGGAACCAAGGACGUCGUCCCUUCAAUAAUAAUAACCAAGGUGGUGAUGAUAAUAACCAGCGUCCAAAAAGGUGGAACAACAACAACGGGAAUUUCAACAACGGGACCUUUAACAAAAACUUCCAGCACCGUCGUCACAGCGAUCCUUCUUAUUCUUACAAUAACCAAAACUUUCGUGCUGGCCCGAGCAAGAUUACCUAUUUUAUCCAGCCCAGAGAGGAUGACAAGCUUCCUAAAGAUAUGCAGAAGGAUCCCCGUGGUACUGAUCCCAACCAUCGCAUGAACAAAAAAGCGACCUUUCGAGGAGCCGGUCGAAACACUGAAAGCUUUGAUCCAACUACUACUUUGGUUCGCCCUGAUGCGAGGGUGGUGGUGGCAUCUCCACACAUUGAACAGUUCAACAAGAAACUACGUCACGAUGAUGUUGUGAUUGUCCCGGAGCUCUUUGGAAAGGAAGACGAUUGGUCCAUUUAUUAUGACCUGGUGAAGGAAGUGACAGCUUUGCAGAAUAGCAACGUCGAGGGGAGUGAGUUUCUCCCGUGGCACGAAGGAGCUCAUUUGAUUUGCAGGUCUCCACAAGGCUCCAAGACCUAUCAAAUGGUCGUUGACAGGAUCUGUCGGUACUUUCAAAUUGAUGCCGCCACUGCUGGCAUUCGCUUCAACUGGUACAAGGACACCCUCGAUUGGAAGCCCUUUCAUCAUGACUCGGCAGCCUUCAACCCCCGCAGAGCCAGAAGCCAAAACAUUACCGUGGGAGUCUCCUUUGGUGAGAUGCGAGAGCUGGCGUUCAUCAAGGCCCAAAGCAACCAGGACCAGAAGAAGCAGCAAGAUCCGCCACGUCUGUACUUUCCCCAGACCAAUAACGGCGUCUUUACCAUUGGCCGAGAUGUGAACAUUAGGUGGAAGCACGGCGUCAACGCCUUGCACCCAGAAGAUCAGGCGAAUGGCAAGGGAAGGAUCAGCAUCAUUCUCUGGGGUCUUGCGAAAGGUGUCAUUGACGAAGAAGGCUCGCCCCCCUUGUUGGGAUCCGAUGGAGUGGGACCCCAUGCCGCCAGUCAUCGUCCUCACUUUCAUCAUAACGGGCCGGGUUAUCAGCCGCGUUACAACCCUUACAACAACAGCAAUAACCAGAAUGGAUACAACAACAGCAAUAACCAGACUGGACACCAUGAUCAUGCCAACAAGAAGAGGCGGUGGGACCAGCAGUCCAGCGACGUCAACACUUUGAAGGAAAGCGACCAACAGCCGGAUGUAACGGCAGCAUGAAGCCCGCAGUUAAACGGAAUGCUGUCAUGCAAAACCUACCUACCCGGGGGAGUGCGUUGCUGUGAAGGUGCAACGACGAUUGAAACAUCUUGUGGAAUCCUAUUGUGAGAUGUCUCCAGUGAAAAAGCCAAGCGAAAUGCGGCGGUACUAGUUAGUACGAUCUCUUAGGAACAAUAAACUAGCGCUAACCUAUUAUUUGUUAUC